AUGGUCAUUACGAAAGUUGCAUACUUAGGACAUUUAAUAACUCCAGAAGGUGUUAAACCCAAUCCAGAAAAAGUUUCAUGUAUUCAAAAUUUUCCACAACCCAAAAAUCCGAAAGAAAUAAAAUCUUUCUUAGGCUUAGCUGGAUAUUACCGUCGAUUUAUCUCAAACUUUGCAAAAUUAUCAAAGCCUUUAACAAGACUUUUGCAAAAAGAUGUUCCAUUUAUUUUUAAUCAGGAUUGUUUAGAUUCUUUUGAAGAAUUAAAGAAUUCUUUGACUUCAAAUCCUAUUCUGAUAUAUCCAAAUUUUGAAGAACCUUUCCUAUUAACAACAGAUGCUAGUGCUUUUGCUAUAGGAGCCGUUCUUUCACAAGGACACAUAGGAAAAGAUUUACCUAUUGCUUUUGCUUCUAGAACCCUUUGCGGCGCUGAAACAAAAUAUUCCACUAUAGAGCGUGAACUUUUGGCAAUCGUAUGGGCAGUUAAACAUUUUCGUCCAUAUCUUGGUCGUAAAUUUACUUUAAUAACAGAUCAUCGCCCUUUAACAUGGUUAUUUUCUAUUAAAGACCCUGGCAGCAGAUUAGCUCGUUGGCGUUUAAAACUCGAAGAAUAUGAUUACAAAAUUAUUCAUAAAUCUGGAAAAGCAAAUAAAAAUGCAGAUGCUUUAUAUAGAAUUAAAAUCAAUAAUUUCAAAAAAUGCGCACAAUUUAUUUCAAAAACAAAUUUUCCUAUUUUUGCCUCAAACGAAAAUACACCUGAUAGUGAACAUGAAAAUGAAAAUGAAGAAAUUGAAAAUGAAGAUUCUGAUAAUGAUAUUGAUAUCAAUGAUAUAAUUAAAAAUGAAUAUAAUAAAUUUGUCACUUUAUAUGACUCUCAAUCAUUAAUUGAUUAUUCAAAAAUAAAUAUUACUAAUAAUCAAUUAUUAGAUAAACAACAUAAAAAUAUAAUGCCAAAAGAAUGUAUUCGGCAAAAUAAAAUACAAGAAUUUCAUCAUAAAAUAAUUGACGACAUAUUAGAAGAAAAUCCAGACUUUCAUUUAAAAAGAAUAAAUAUUUUUAAUAGUAAAACUGUUAAAAACAGGAAAUACUAUAUAAUCCCUCUCGAUUUUGAUCCAACUACAGUAGUUUCUCUUUUAUUUUAUAUUUUAUAUAAAGAACAAAAUGAAUUUAACUUAGCAGAAACGUACUACGUUGAAAAUCAAAUAGAACUUCCAAUAUUAAAAAUAUUUUCUUAUAUUUUCGCAGAUUUCACGAAAGAAAUUAAAUUAACAAUUUGUCAAGAUAUUGUUAGAACUCCAGUAGAUGAUGAAAAACCUCAAAUACUAGAUUAUUAUCGUAAUCACAAGAUAAAUUUUCACAGAAUUAAAAAUAUUGCAUACAGUUCUAUAAUUACUCCAAAUGACUUGGUUGACUCGCUAAAGCAUAUAUCUCAAUCAUUAAAGAGAAAUAAUCUUCCAUUACCAAUUUCUGCCACAUCGAUACCUCAGUAUCUAGACAUUAUUGAAUUGAAAGCUUAUCAGUUAGAUUCUAAAGUAGUAUUUGUUCUAAAUAUACCUUUAGUUGAACCUGAAGAGUAUACUUUAUAUCGAAUUUAUCCAAUUCCUUUGUUAGAUCAUCGUACUGCUUUACAUCAUAUCUUAAGUACAACUUAUAAAUAUAUUGCGCGUAGCGAUGAUUCAUUGUUGUACAUAAUAAUUGAAGAUCCAGAAGCUUGCAAAUCAACAGGCAGAAAAACAAGAAUUUGUUCCAACAUAUUUCCAUAUCCAAUCGAUAGUGAUGCUAUAUGUGAAGCUCAACUAUUGAAGCAACAAGAUCACCUGCCAAGAACCUGUCAAUCUUCUUUGAUCAUGGCAAAAGAAUAUAACAUAAACAAAUUAAAUUUAAACUUUUGGUUAAUAAUUAUCUCAGAUCCUUUACCAUUAACAAUUAAAUGUGGAAAUAGAGACAUUAUUACAAAAAUCUUAAAUAAUAAUACUCUUUUAAAGUUACAAAGUGAAUGUAUUGCUUUUGUUGGCAGUACAAGAAUUCAAGGUCAAAAAGACAUUAAUGUUUAUGAUAAUGUAACAUACAAUACUUUUCCAAUUCAAAUACCAUAUAGUUGUUGCAGUAAUAUUCCUGAGAAGAUCAAGAUUCCAAAUCUGAAACCACUGAAAUUGAGCAAACUGAAUCUAGAAGAUUUGAGUGUUGCAAAUCACAAGUUAAAUGAAUAUUCCGAACAAUUGAACAAUUUCAUCAAUGAACCUUUUGUGAAGAAACACCAUGGUUGGUUUACAAUUUUAACCAUAAUUGUAAUUGUCACCUUGGUCCUGAUUUACAUCUUCUGCAAAUGCAAAUCCCGUAGAAGAUCACGAAUUGGAAUUGCAAUUUCUCAUGAUGACUACCCACCAUCACCUCCAAGAAAUCAAGUUGAAUCCACUUUCUCCAAAUGGAAGAAAAUACUGCCUCGUAGAAGACCCAGUAUCCAUUUAGAAGAACCUAUUGAAGAAGAAUCUUUUGAACUUAAUCCUAACAAGAAUUCAGUCUAA